AUGCCAGCCUCUCACGACAUUGAUUCUUCUGAGAACGAAUGGAACACACGGCCAGGUGAAACUCGAAACGCAGGCGAUCAACUGAAGAAGUGCUGGUGGGAAUAUGCCGAAUGGGCCGAUAUCAAAAAUGGUAUCUAUGAAUUUACCGAACAACUGCAACUUCCGGUUAAAUGCUCAGGAGUGUGGUACAUGGUCCCAGUCAUCCUGGUCGAAUAA